AUGUUACUGUAUUUAUCAUUGAUUUCUUGUAUAACAUGCUAUCCACACCAGAGAUCUCUGAUUGAAGCAGACAAUGUUGAAGAAAUAAGUGGAGAUUUUGAAGGCGAUAUAAUCUUGGCACCCGACACAAUCUAUCGAGGAAUAGGUGUUAAGAGUCCUCUUGCUCGGUGGCCAAAUGGAAUUGUUCCUUACGAAAUUUUAUCGGAAUACGAUGCAUAUGAUCAAGCGAAAAUUGUAGCAGCAAUGCGCCGGUUGGAGCGACUAGUUUCAUUAAAUCCUCACGGACAGUCUUUUUGUAUACGAUUUCGGCCGAAAACUGAUGAUGAUAAUUAUUUUAUUUCAAUUAAAAACGGCAGCGGAUGUAGUUCGUUUGUAGGACGUGUGUUCGAAGGUGGUCAACCAGUAACAUUAGAAAUGAAAACCUAUUGCGUUGAUCGAGAGGCAACCAUCAUGCAUGAGUUCAUUCAUGCCCUUGGCUUUUGGCACGAACAAUCUCGUCCGGAUCGAGAUGAUUAUAUCACUAUUGAUUUCAGCAAUGUUCGACCCGUAAUUUUCUUUCAGGAACUGAACACAAUUUUAAUAAUCAUGCACUAUUCUAAAACUGCCUUUUCCGUCAAUGGAUCCCCGACAAUCAUUACGAAAGAUCCAAAUGUUUGGAUCGGACAACGUAACACACUGAGUGCAAACGAUAUACAAGAAAUUCGACGAUAUUACAAUUGUAUUUGA